GCUCAAUUUUGACGGGACGCCUCUGGGAAUGGACCAAAAUGAGAUUGCCAAGGUAUAUGAAAAUAAUCUCCGAGCUUUUAAAAAGGGAACAUCAUUAUCAGAAAGCAUCGACUACUAUACAACAUGGAGUCGAACAGGUGGAUAUGAAAAGGAUCUAAUUAAAGGAGGAACUUAUAAUGGACCAAUAGAAGCCGCCAAGGCAGUGGGUAAAUUUAUCCCUACUGAUAGAGACAACGUAAAGAUAUUGGAUAUCGCUGCUGGCACAGGCUAUGUCGGAGAAGAGUUACACCAGAUGGGGUUUCUUCACGUUGAUGCACUGGAACCGUCUGAAGGGAUGUUGGACAUCGCCAAAGAGAAGGGUGUAUAUAAAAACUACAUAUUAGAUAUCCUUGGUGGAAAGAAAUAUUCUAUAGGCACUGAUUAUUAUGACUGUUCUGUUGUAUCUGGUGGAAUGGGUGAAGGUCAUAUACCUUGUACAGGUAUUCUAGAGAUGAUACGUAUAGUUAAACCAGGAGGUAUCGUUGUCAUAGCAAUGAGAGAGGAAUAUUUAAACUAUGUGGAAGAAUAUCAGAAUAAGUUGGAACCAAUGAUGGAAGAAUUGGAGAAAGAAGGAGUCUGGGAAAAGAUCGACAGACGUAUCUAUGAAAAUCAUUUCGUGGGGAAAACUGGAGUUUUAUUUCUCUAUAGAGUAAAGGAUAAGGGGGUAUCAGGUCGAUAAGUCCGUACUAAAUACAGGAUUGUUUGGGUUUUGUUUGGGUUGAACCAAAGAGGAAAUCUCAAAACAAGUUUUUUUUGUCUAAUAUCUAUUUUCUAAUUUAUUUUCUCAAAUUCCGAGAAUAAGUUCAAACACCUCUCAACAAAAUACACCUUUUAUUUCAAGCACCUCAAUAACUACGUCAAUAUGUUCAAGCACGCCCUAUAAGUUCAACCCAAAAUACGUCAAUAAGUUAUAGCACGCCGAAUAAGUUUAGCCCAAAAAACGCCAAUACGUCUAUCAUUGGUUUCGAUCCCACAUUUAUACAUGUCAAGAUGGUCGCCUGUCCAACCCCGUAGGUUUUCUUGGGGACCUCGUCUGUCCACUGCUAAAAACUCUUAUGCUUAAGCGAAAAAUUGAUAUCAAAAUUGUACCAUAUGUUAGUCACGAAAUAACCCAAUUUGUGUUUGGACGCAAGUGUUGAAAUUUUUGGAUGGGUCCCAAUUUACAUUGUAUC